UUCUACUGUUGUAAGUUGCAAUUGUUUUGCAAACGCAGAGCACCAUGUGUCUGGGCUGUCGUCACCCAUGGCUAAUGGCAGACGUGAACCAGGGCUUCCCAACGAAACCAUCUGGCAGCACAAGGCUGACCAGGCAGAGGAGCACUGAGCCCGAGAUCUUCACCUUUGACAUCCCACCAAGGGUCAAACACACCCUGGACGCCAACCCCCGACUGCGAGCCAGGCGCCGACCCGUCAAAAUCCUCUACCCGGCCCAGGUCAGGAAGUACUUGCCCCCUGAGGAGAAGGACUGGGCCAAGAGGAUGCUCCUGCUCUUCCUGUGUGUGGUGACGGUCCAAGUGUACGCGGCCGCAGCGGAGGCUCAAGAGGGAACGGUCGACGUGAUCGCCCAGGCAGGAGGGCCAGGCGGCUCGCAGCCCAACCUCAGCAGGGAGCGGGCACCGGGGCUCCCACCCUCAGGUGGGGAAAUGUUCAGGCCCGCCAACGGCAGUGCGCCGCUGCUGUCAAAGAUGCCCGAUGGCGCCAGCCUGGCGGUGACUGUUGUGUGCCACAGAAUGGGCUCCAGAUCUAUUGCCUGCAGAAUGUGAACCAACCUUCCUCGUGGCAGGACACUUUCCAGAUGGCAUCACCUCACCCGCGACCUCUGGUUCAGGGAAAGUUUGAACACCCCAACUGGUACGUCCGAUGAAAAGAAGGUGCAAGAUCUGCCAAGUUCUGGAGCGGUCAAAAGGACACUAGAAAUCUCAACUUAUUCUCAAGUGGACAAGCCUUAUGGCUCUCCAGGGGUUGACCAGAGAAUGUCCAAUCAGCCUUAUGUAAAUUCAGCUAAUUGUGUGUGUCAGCCUGGUUAUCCACUUGUAAAUGUUCUCCAACUGGGGACGGAAAGGUAUUCAUUUUUCUCCAUUAGCACCUGGGGUUUUCAUAUCAGAAGGUAACUUCUGUUGAGUAUCAAGGACAGAGACAAUAAACUUGACUAUUUAUCACCUUACUAUUUGAGCAGUGACCAAUCUACACCUUUAUUCCUAUAGUGUGCCUAAUAUCUAAAAUCUAUACUUUAUCACAAUUGUAUAUUUAUGUUAUGUAAAAGCUUGCUGCGCAAGCAAAUUGAUGAAUGUUCUGUGAGAAUGAAAUGUUUGAAAAAAAGGAACAAUUAGAGUACACUCUGUGGACUUGUGUGUAAUUAUAUUGAAUGACAAUGUAAUUACAUUGACAAA